AUGGCCGAUACUGAUUCGAACUUGCUUGUCAACAACUACACUGAUGUUGAGGAGGAGCUCCUCGACAACACUGUUGCUGAGGAGGACCCCAGCAAAUUCUUGUUGGGGUUACUCCAUGGUCACUAUAAAAUUGACGAUGCUCAGGACAGCAGCGAGGGCUCAGUUUAUUCUACGUAA